GCAUGGAAUCGUAAACAUGCCACGUCGCUUUGGUUUGCGAUGCUGUCCAGUUUGAACCAUUGUUCAUGAAGAGUUGCAACAAGAAGGAGGACGGCCAUGGUUAUUCUACAGUGAAAGUGACACUUUUGUAGAGUGACAGUAUGAUGAAACCAUCUCGAACAAUAGCACUAUGCUCGCUGGCAAAUUUCAUCAACUCAGCAGAUCGGGUGAUAAUGCCCAUUGCCAUAGUGCCGAUGACGGAUCAGUUCAAAUGGGAUAUGCAUGGUCAAGGAUGGAUUCUCAGCUCCUUCGCUGUGGGUUACAUGAGCAGUCAGGUGAUAGGAGGCAGUGCUGCCAAGAAGUACGGUGGAAAGGCUGUGCUAACUGUGGCUGUGUUGCUCUGGUCUCUCUCCACAUGUCUGGUCCCAGUGUUUGCUCAUUCCCUCAAUGCUCUCAUGAUAUCUAGAGUCUUCUUAGGCCUUGGCGAAGGAUUAGGGUUGCCGACUGUCUUUCACAUUUUUUCCCACACCAUCCCCGUGGAGGAGAGGUCAAGGGCAUUUGGUUACCUGGUCGCUUUGGGUUCAAUAGGUCAAACUGUGGCAGCUCUGGUCUGUCCGCAUCUGGCCUGGCCCUGGAUGUUCUAUUUAUUUGGUAUUCUGGGGUUUUUAUGGGUGUUACUAUGGUUUUUCAUGUACUCGGAGAACCGGGGGGAAGAGGAAUUUGUCCAGCCCCCAAAGGUAAACAGUAGCAAUGUUGGAUGGCAGGAGUUUAUCAGUCACUGGCCCCUGUGGUCUAUGUAUAUAGCACAUUUUAGUAUGAACUGGUCCAACUAUAUCAUUAUGCAAUGGCUUCCAACCUACAUGACGCGGACGCUGGGGGCCGAUAAGAGUCACAUCAUGUUUACGGCUGUGCCUUACAUCAUGAAUUCAUUAGUAGGAGUAGCUGCCGGUCACUUUGCAGACAGGCUAAUUGCCAACAAGUGGACAGUGUUGUCUGUGAGGCGGUUGAUGACCUCGUUAGGUUUAUUGGGGCCAGGUGUCUUCAUUCUGGUCUUCAGUGCUCUUCAUAAUCUACCCUUAGCUAUGAUAUGUGUGUCAAUAUCCAUGGGACUGAGUGCCUGCAGUUCCUCAGGUCACCUGAGCAAUCAUGCUGAGGUCGCCCCCAAUCAUGCAGGAAUCACCUUUGCCAUAUCAAACACGUUGGCUACGAUACCUGGCAUUACCUGUGGUCCCCUGACGGCAGAGUUGGUCACGCAGUCCCAUGGCAGGUGGUUCCCUGUGUUCAUCAUCGCCGCUGGGGUCAACUUUGUUGGGGCCAUCAUUUACCUGAGCCAGAGCGCUGCCAGCCAGGUCAUUUAAAUAUGUACAAUAAUCUUAGGGUGAUGUGUACGCCUCUAAAUAAGUACCCUACAGGUUUGAAAAAUACCCCUUUGGAAGAAGUGUUAAAAGCCAUUUUGUAUAUGUUGGGGUGUUUUCAAAAAUGUAAGGCAACUGUCCUCAGGCAUAAAUUGUGAAUAUGUAAAUUGGCUUGAAUACCAUGGCUGAGUGAACUUGUAAAUAAUCUAGCUUCUGAGGUCUGAUGAAUAUGUAUAUAUACAGGUGUGAAAGAGUUCAGGUCAAA